AGCCCAAAAGGAGGCGAAGGAACGAACCUGAAAAGCCACAACAAGGCGGUGUCAACGAUGUGUCAAAACUCAGACAACCAGAAGUUGUGCGAAGAUGUGUUGUCCUCAUCCAACAGCUCAGACCCAAAGGACUACAUUGCGACAGUUGUGAAAACCUCAAUGGACAGUGUGAUCAAAGCCUUGAACAUGAGCGAUAGAUUCUCCGUGGAACACGGCAACAGCAGCGCUGGCAUGCAGAUGGCUCUGGACGACUGCAAGGACUUGUUGCAAUCCGCCAUGCACGAUCUGGAAGCCUCUGGCGUGAUGGUGAAAGAGAGCAACAUUCAGGACGUUAGCCAACGCACUGCGGAACUCAAGAACUGGUUAGGCGCUGUGGUUGCAUACCAGCAAUCGUGCCUCGACGGUUUCAACACCGACGGCGAGAAAAAGGUGCAGGAACAGUUGCAGGCUGGAAGCUUGGACGAUGUCGGCAAACUCACCGGUCUUGCACUCGAUGUCGUCUCUGGAAUCACACACAUUCUCGAAUCCCUCGACUUGAACUUGGCUCUCAAACCUGCUUCUCGUCGCCUUCUUGAGAUCGACAACGAAGGCUACCCCACAUGGGUCUCCGCCGCUGAUCGCAAGCUCUUGGCUCAGAUGAACAAUGGCGGAGUUACUCCCCAUGCUACAGUAGCCAAGGAUGGCAGCGGCCAAUUCAAGACCAUCUUGGAUGCUAUCAACUCCUACCCCAAGAACCACCAAGGUAGGUUCAUCAUCUACGUCAAAGCCGGUGUCUACGACGAGUACAUCACCGUUGACAAGAACAAGUUGAACCUUCUCAUCUACGGAGAUGGCCCCACCAAGACCAUCAUCACCGGACGCAAGAACUUUGCAGAGGGAACCAAGACAAUGAGGACGGCCACCUUCUCUACUGUUGCCGAUGAUUUCAUGGCCAAGUCCAUUGCAUUCGAGAACACCGCCGGAGCAGAGGGACACCAAGCAGUGGCCCUCCGCGUGCAGGGUGAUCGUUCAGUGUUCUUCGACUGCGCCAUGCGCGGAUACCAAGAUACAUUGUACGCACACGCUCACCGUCAGUUCUACCGCAACUGCGAGAUCUCUGGAACAAUCGACUUCAUCUUCGGCUACUCCACCACCUUGGUCCAAAACUCAAAGAUCAUCGUGAGGAGGCCCAUGUCGAACCAGCAAAACAUCGUGGUGGCUGAUGGAACAGGCCAGAAGAACAUGCCGACCGGUGUUGUCCUCCACAACUGCGAGAUCAUGCCCGAGCCAGGUCUCUUCCCUGACCGCAUGACUGUGAAGACAUACUUGGCUAGGCCAUGGAAGGCAUUCUCAAGGGCAGUGUUCAUUGAGAACACCAUUGGUGACUUGAUUCAGCCAGAAGGAUACAUUCCAUGGAACCCAACUGAACCCAACACUCAGGACUGUUACUUCGCUGAGUUCGGCAACACUGGACCUGGUGCCAAUACUCAAGCUAGGGCCAAGUUCGGAAAAGGUCUCAUCAGCAAGGCGGAGGCUACCAAGUUCACUGCGGAACCAUGGCUCCAAGCUUCCUCUUGGUUGCCUGCGUCUGGCAUUCCUUUCGAUCCUAGCUUCACCAAGGCUUAA